GGAAGCGUCUGACACGCAAGGGAAAUGCUGGGUAUCCCGCCCAGGAGAAGACCGAGGAUCUGCCUCCUCUGGAAGAUGUGGAGGCGAGCGAAGCGCCCAAUUCCGAGGAGGCGGUCAACACGGUCAUGAAGAUCAUGCAGGUAUUCCCUUCGUCUGACCGGCUCCAGAUGAACUGUCAGCACAUCCUGACUUCGCUGCUGGGUGAAUGA